AUGGCAUCCUCAACCCCUCAAGUCAUAACCUGCAAAGCUGCAGUGGCAUGGGGAGCUGGAGAGGCAUUGGUAAUGGAGGAAGUGGAGGUCAAUCCUCCCCAACCAUUCGAGAUUAGGAUUAAAGUUGUCUCCACCUCUCUAUGUCGUAGUGAUCUUUCUGCUUGGGAAUCUCAUGCUAUAUUUCCUCGCGUAUUUGGCCAUGAAGCAUCGGGGGUUGUUGAGAGUGUGGGGCUAGAAGUGACUGAAUUCAAAGAAGGCGACCAUGUGCUAACGGUUUUCAUCGGAGAAUGCAUGUCAUGCAAGCCGUGCAAAUCAGGAAAAAGUAAUAUUUGUCAAGUUUUGGGAUUGGAAAGAAAAGGCUUAAUGCAUAGUGAUCAAAAGACAAGAUUCUCAAUAAAAGGGAAGCCUGUUUAUCAUUAUUGCGGUGUUUCAAGUUUUAGCGAAUACACAGUUGUCCAUUCUGGAUGUGCAGUGAAAGUUAGUCCUCAUGUACCUCUCGACAAAAUAUGCCUUCUAAGCUGUGGCGUCGCUGCAGGUCUGGGUGCAGCAUGGAAUGUUGCUGAUGUGACAAAAGGAUCAACAGUUGUUAUAUUCGGUCUCGGAACCGUUGGUCUUUCUGUUGCUCAAGGUGCCAAACUAAGAGGCGCAUCUAGAAUAAUCGGUGUUGACAGCAAUCCACAUAAGUGUGAAAACGCUAUAUCUUUCGGGGUUACAGAAGUUGUUGAUCCAAAUUCGUACAAAGAACCUAUCGCGCAGGUUAUUAAGCGCAUUACUGAUGGCGGAGCCGAUUUCUGUUUCGAAUGUGUCGGUGACACUGAUAUGAUAACAACCGCAUUGCAAUCAUGUUGUGAUGGCUCGGGUUUGACUGUAACACUUGGUGUGCCAAAGGUGAAACCCGAGAUGUCGGCUCAUUAUGGAUUAUUCUUAACAGGAAGAACAUUAAAAGGAUCUCUAUUUGGAGGAUGGAAACCUAAAACUGAUCUUCCUUCACUAGUAGAAAAAUAUAUGAACAAGGAAAUUCAGAUCGAUGACUACAUAACACACAAUUUGGAUUUUGAUGACAUUAACAAAGCUUUCAAUCUCAUGAAAGAAGGAAAGUGUCUUCGAUGUGUUAUCCACAUGCCAUGA